CUUCCGGCUCCAAGCGGCAAGUCCGCCGGUACCGAGGUGGGAUCGCACUCAGAGCUGCCGGGGCGCAGUCGCUCCGGGAGUAGGACUUGAGAAGGCGGCAGGUGAGAGGCUCCAGAACUUGAGAGGCGCUCCAGGGUCCGUGCGGGGUCAGGAGCCGCUGCUGAGCCGGUCUGGACCUGGGAAGAACCGGGACGUCUGGCGCCAGUGUUGCUCUGAUGCGUUUCUGACGCUGAACUGCGUGUCCCGUCGGCCCCCGCGGCGCGCGCCUUGCUGGCGCCCCCUUUCUACGUCCAGGCUCAUAGCUGGAGCCCAUGGACCCUUUAGCUCUGCCAUCUCAGAACUCUGCCCUUCUCCAAGAGAGGAACCAGGAGGAGGACUCAUCAGCCCUCAAAAUUCUAAAAGUCACGUCCCUUGGGUCAGUAUUGUUCAGGGAUGUGGCCAUAGUCUUCUCCCAAGAAGAAUGGGAACAGCUGGCACCUGCUCAGAGAGAUUUGUACAGAGACGUGAUGUUGGAGACGUACAGCAACCUGGUCUCACUGGGUCUUGCCAUUUCCAAACCUGAUAUAAUCUCCUUCCUGGAGCAAGGAAAAGAGCCCUGGAUGGCAGAGAGAGUGGCGAAAGGAGGCCAGGGCCCAGGACUAGCGUCUGGGCCUGAUACUAAGGUAUCACCUCCAAGGCAACAUGUUUAUGAAGUAGAAUCACCCCGGUGGGAGCUCAUGGAAAGCCUUACAAGCUAUGGGCUUGAGUGUUUCCAAGAUGACUGGGAACACAGAGGGCAAUUUGACAGACAACAGGGAAAUGCAGAUGGACAUUUUACUCAAAUGAUAAUCAGUCAUGAAGAAAUCCCUUCUUUUGGCCACCAUACAUCUCUGACAUUUUAUCAGAAAAUUCAGGCUGGAGAAAAACCCUAUGGAUAUGAUGAAUAUAGAGAAGAAUGGCAAGAGGAAUUCUUUAUUAAUCAUCAAGGAAUUCAUACUAAUGAGAAACCCUAUAAGUGUAAGGAAUGUGGGAAGGCCUUUAAAUAUGGCUCACGACUAAUUCAACAUGAGAAUAUUCAUUCUGGCAAGAAACCCUAUGAAUGUAAGGAAUGUGGAAAGGCCUUCAAUUCUGGUUCCAAUUUCAUACAGCAUCAGAGAGUUCAUACUGGUGAGAAACCUUACGAAUGUAAGGAUUGUGCAAAGGCCUUUAGUCGAAGCUCACAACUGAUUGAACAUCAGCGGAUUCAUACGGGUGAGAAACCCUAUCAAUGUAAGGAAUGUGGCAAGGCCUUCAAUCGGAUCUCACAUCUUAAAGUACAUUAUAGAAUUCAUACUGGUGAAAAACCCUAUGCAUGCAAGGAAUGUGGGAAGACCUUUAGUCAUCGGUCUCAGUUGAUUCAACAUCAGACUAUUCACACUGGCAAGAAACUCUAUGAAUGUAAGGAAUGUGGGAAAGCCUUUAACCAGGGCUCAACUCUUAUUCGACAUCAGAGAAUUCAUACUGGUGAGAAACCCUAUGAAUGUAAGGUAUGUGAGAAGUCCUUUAGGGUGAGCUCACAACUUAAGCAACAUCAGAGGAUUCACACGGGGGAGAAACCCUACCAAUGUAAGGUAUGUGGUAGGGCCUUCAAACGGGUUUCACAUCUCACUGUUCAUUAUAGAAUUCAUACAGGUGAGAAACCAUAUGAAUGUAAGGCAUGUGGGAAGGCCUUUAGUCACUGCUCACAACUGAUUCACCACCAGGUAAUUCAUACUGAGGAAAAGCCCUAUGAAUAUAAGAAAUGUGGAAGGACCUUAAGUCAUGAUUCAAGUACUGUUCAACAUCAGAGAAUGUGUAAUGGAGAAACACAUGUGAAUAUAAUAAAUGUAGAAAAGCCUUCCAUUAGCACUUAUCCCUUACUAAUCAUCAGAGAACUUAUGUUAGCAAGGAACCAUAUGAAUGGAAGUAACGGGAAAAGCUCAUUAGCUUAGGCCCAUCAUAACAUACUCCUGCAUCUUGGAGAAAGAUGUGAAGAAUGUAAUGCAAGUAAGAAUGCCUUCAUUCACAGGUUAUCCUUUAUCCUGAGUCAUGAAACACAUAUUAAAAAAAUAUGGAUAUAAAUUGUCUGAGCAUGACUGCCAAGAAGGCUGGAAAAAUUUUUGUCUACAAGAAAUUUGAGAAUCACCUUUUCUAACCACUGUAAUAAUUUUAAUAGCCCAAAGUGUUAGUUUUCUUGGAAAUUAAAAAAACAAAGCAAAACAGCCAAAUUACUCUUGGGAGAAGAGGAAAUUAAAAAAAAAAAACCCACUGCAAUUGAGUCGACUACCAGGGACCCUAAUGGACACAGUAGAACUACCCCGUGCGGUUUCCAAGGAGCAGCUGGUGGAUUCAAACUGCUGACCUUUUGGUUAGCAACCAAGCUUUUAACCACUGUGCCACCAGGGUUCCAAACAAGGAAAUAAAUCAUGCCAUUGCCAUGC